CUUGACAAUCGAUUCAUGCACACAGCGACUAAAGCGCAGGCGGAUCGAGGGAAGCCGCUCCGCCGCCGUGGGGUUGCGCGCUUUGGGUCUGACAGCUGCCGUCGGUCAAAGGUCGGCGGAGCCAACAUGGCGGAGGCCGGGCGGCGGAAGAGCUCGAGCCGCAGAGGGUUGAAGGGCGCGACACCGGCGAGCGCUGCGCUGAGCGGCGUGGAGGCGCAGAGAAGAAAAGUUGCAUUGCAGACCGCUCUACAGAAAAACCAUGAUUGUGAGACAAAAGCUCUUCACAUUGUUGAACGUCUCCUUGAAAUAAAUGUAACGGAAGAAUUUCUGUUGGAUUGUAUAACAUUUAUUACUGCUGCCCAUUAUCAGGAUGUUGUGGAAGAACGUUCCAUAAUUAAGCAGUGCGGUUACCCUGUUUGUCAAAAGACACUGGAAAUUGUAUCUAAGCAGCAGUACAAAAUAUCUACAAAAGCGAAUCGAGUUUAUGAUAUCACAGAAAGAAAGCAUUUUUGCAGCAAUUUUUGUUAUAAAGCCUCCAAAUAUUUAGAAGCUCAGAUUCCAAAAGACCCAAUAUGGUCACGUGUACAAGAAGGACCUCCAGUGUGUCGAUUAUUAAAAGAGCAAAGGGGGAGAGCUGGGGAAGAAGUGAGAUUUCAAACUUUAAGUAUCCAGGUUUCAGAUGUUGAUGACCCUUCUUUUGUGGACGAUCGGCAAGUAUCUAACUCUCCACGUGAAAGUGAUAGCAGUGGCUACGAUCAAGAAUUUGUUUCAUCUGUCAUGACUGGAGAAAAGUAUAACGUAAAAUGUGCAAGGCACAAACAGGUUAAAAAAAAGCAGCACGGUAUUACUACAAAACCCGAAAAAACAGUAACUGUGCCAAAAUGUUCAGAGACGGAUCAUGAAGUAGAAAAUGCUGCACAACAAUUGAAGGAAUAUCAUGUUAAUAAUGCUGAGACAUCUAGUUCCAGAUUGUCCCAGAAUGCAGGAACAGAUCAAUUGACUUUUGCACCGAAGGAAAAAGCACCUCUGUCAGUGGACCAAGAUGUACUUCCAACAGUUUCCUUGACUGGAUUAAAAGAUGAUGAGAAAGUUGUAGCAAGCAAUGUUACCACACAAGGUCUAAGUAAGAAAGGUGCUGCAUCUCUGAAAAAGCUAAUAGCAAUAUCAAAACAACGUAACUCUCUUUGUUCAAGUAGAUCUACUUCACAUGUAGAAAGUAAUGUGAUUGAAUUACUAAGACAAACAUUAAGUGAAUGGAACACAGGAGAAACAUUAAGAUUUCUUUAUGGUACAAAUUUAAAAUACAAAGGAACACAAUGUAGGUUGCCAUGUUAUGCUACUGAACAAGAACAACUUGAUGAAGAUGACUUGGAUAGCCUGGAAGUAGUUGAAAUCAUUCAUCCUAAUGAAAAUAUUCACAAGAGCAUCCAGGUCAAAAAGUUAGAUGCCUCUGUUAGACCAUUACCAAAAUUUGAACAACUAAAGCAGGAAUCUGAAUUUCUUCAUCUGAAGGUCAGAGAGUUUUAUAAAGGACGAUAUGUUUUACCUGACAACACCGAAGACAACUGUGAAGGAAAUUAUCAGUCCACAACUUCCGAAAGUAAUGAGGAUCCAUUUCUUCCAUUAGUUGAUUCUGAAGCACAACACCAUAUCCGCAAAGGUAUCGUUUUAGAUGCACUUAAAAAAGUUUUACCCAAGUUAUUGGGACCUUGUCAACUCUCGAUGUCUGAUAUAUUUUCUCAACUAAAUAGCCUUGUAAAAACCUUCAGACUGACCAACACCAAUAUUAUUCACAGAACUCCAGAGUGGACAUUAAUUGCAGUUGUGCUGUUUUCAGUGCUGGAUGUAAAGGUUUCACCCCUUCAGGAAUCCCUGCAGACGCUCGCCUCAGAACCAUUUGUAUCUACGAUUCUCAAGGAAUUUCAUAUCCAGAUUCAAGAGCUAGAGAACCUGAAGAAUAUUUUCAAAUGCCAUGAUAGUGAUCGAGGAUGAUAAGUGGAACCCAAGAUCACAUCAACCGGAAUUAAUUCCUAAAAGAUAAAUGAUGUAAUGUAUUUCCAAAAUCCAAAGGUAUACUGGUUGUAUUUAAGCUACAUUACCCAAUGAAAAUAAAUUAAAUUAUGUCACAUAUCAAUAACUAAAUAAAUCUACUCUUUAUCUGC